AUGUCCGAUGGUCCUCCAAUCCCCUCCUCAACCGACAAUCCACUCAUGGUCACUCACACCCAUCAGUCCAAGAAGAAGCGCAUCGACGACCAGCACAUCCCCGUCGACGUCGGCCUUAAGCCCGUGCAGCUGCAGCGAAGGCGUGUCUGGCGAGCAUGUGAAUCUUGCAGACGCAAGAAGAUCAAGUGCGACGGCAACGAGCCCACCUGCUCGCAGUGUCUAGCAUCAAAGUCCCAGUGUACCUGGCUCCAGACGAAGGACAGAGCGGCCCUGAGCAGACACUAUGUCCAAGAGCUCGAAGCUCGACUAUUGCACAUGGAAACUCUCUUCCAGCAAGUCACCCCCAUCCUCGAACAGGUAGGGACAGGCGGUCCCGACAUGACUAACGCCGCUCUCCCUGCCACAAUCUCUGACUCGGGCGCUCAUCCUUCCAACCUUCUCCAAUCCGUCCUCCCUCAAAUCCGAGAGAUUUCGCGAGCGAGUAGCGGUGACAGUCUAUCUGGGACAUCACCUACUACACCUAUCAAGGUCGAGGACGACAUCUUUGAGUCGUUCGGUCAGCUCGCUCUCGAUGAACAUGGCCACACGCGUUGGAUCGGCGGCUCCUCCACCAUGUCCCUCAUCCAGUCCUUCCGUGCUAUUACAUCUUCUCCUCUUCACCGUGUCUCUCCGAUGGAGGAAGACCCGUCUGCUCCAGGGCCGAGCGUGAACAAAUUGUACUUUCCUGCAUCAGUUUUCUUUGGCAAAGUGCGCGUCCUCCCCAGGGCGGAAGAAGUCGAAUACCCAGAACGUGAUCUCGCUGACAAGUUGGUUGAGAGCUACUUUGCCAAGUUCCACUUUUUGUUGCCUGUCAUCGACAGGCCGUCCUUCAUGCAACAAUAUACCCAUCUCAUGGACCAUAAAGACGACGUUGCACUAGCAAGGAGGCAGACGGCUUUCAUUGCUCUAGUUUGCGCUGUCUUCGCAGUUUCCGCGAGAUUCGUCAACGAUCCCCGUUUAUCAAGAGGGGAGAAUCUGGACGAUGGCGGGAUGGGCAUGGUCUAUUAUGAACGGGCCCUUAUUUUGCAUUAUAUUAGUCAUGCAUCUAGUCAGCUCGAACAUGUACAGUGCUUUACGCUAUUGUCUUCCUUCCUUUGCUCUGUGAACUGCUUGCCUCAAGCCUGGUUGCUUGUUGGACAGGCUGUGCGGAUUGCGCAGGACAUAGGUCUUCAUCGCUCUUGUCGACGACUUCUCAUCCCUUCGAUCGAGAAAGAGACCCGCAGAAAGGCCUGGUGGGGCGUGUACACAUUGGAUAGGAUGCUGGCGCUUGCACUCGGUCGCCCACUUGCUAUCGAGGACGCGGAUUGCGAUGUCGAACUGCCAAUUGAGGUUGACGAUGAACAACUUCCCGAAUACUUUGCCGGGGCAACGAUGUCUCAACAGGCGCCGUCACUCAUGAAGGGAUUCGUCGAGCUUACGCUGCUAUUCCAGUUAGCAGGACAGGUUCUCCGCCAAGUCUACGCUCUCGACAAGUGCCGAGACAAUCUCGAGCAAGAGAAGCGCGCCGAGCUGCAACGCGCAGUGGAGUCCUUGGACAAUUCCCUCGCAAGGUGGUGUGACGAGUUGCCCGCCGUGUUCAAAUCAUGUCCUGCGACUGAGAAGCAAGUUUCUAUGGGUGCUGUCUUGUGCAGCCACUACUAUUCCAUUCUCACCACCUUGCAUCGUAAUUUCCUUCCGGUCAGACACGACCAGCCUGUAGCUCCACAGUCGACAGCGAAAGCUGUUACAACUGCGCGCGCCUGCAUCCGAUUGGCACCUGCUAUCAAGAACGUUGUCCCUCCCAGCCAUCAUCUUGCGUUCUUCAUCCAGAAUCUCUUCAGCUCCGCUGUCAUCAUUCUACUCUGUGCCAUGCACGCGCCUGAUAUAUCCGCCUCCCAGGCUGCCAUGGACGAAGCGACCAGCUGCUUGUCUAUCCUUGAAUCGUGGGAAGGACAUUGGCCGGGCGCCCGGAAGUGUAAAGAGCUUCUAGAGGACCUCACCGCGACUGCGCGCGAAGCGAUGAAGCGCAACGCCAAUGGCCAGAACGGCAGUGUUCGAUCUUCUAUGAGCUCGCAUUCAAUGUCGCCUGCUGCACUCCCGGAAGGGCGCGUGUCGACGGUGAUACCCAUGCCUGUUACCGAAAGGCUAAUCAAGGCAAGGCCUAGGCGGAAUCGAUCGAGAGAUCCCCGUUUUUCCCCUCAUCACUCUGUUUCUGGCUUGCAAUUCCGGGCUGAUUCGCAAAGGGCUAGGUCGACAUCUCGCAAACGACCUCAUGACGACGAUCUAGUCCAUGACGCCAACCAGGCCGUAUACGGUGCACUCUCCACCUCAUACCCUGGACGGUCAAACCUCAGUUCGCACAGCUCUCCUGCGUCAGCGAACAGCCACCCGUCGCCACCAGGCCCUCCUUUGGAGUUCUCUAACGAGCCGAGCCCCCGCAUGGGACCAGCGCCCUCCUGCGGUCCUCUCAAUAUACCACAAGCGCCAGCCGUUGCAAUACCCCAGUCUCAUUUCGACUACGAUUUUGGAUUGUCCCAGAGCCCAUCAGAUGGAUGGAGCGUGUCAGACGGACAGGCGAAUGGGCUGAAGUUCUUCCCUUCCGGGGCGCAGCAAUUGCAGAGUCCCUAUUCUCCGACAUCGUAUGUCCCUCAGCAAUCGGCGGGGAUUGAUCCAAAUUACUUAGGAUAUGAUGGGAAUGCCACCGAUCCCGCUAUGUUCGGUAUGCCUGGAUCCUCGCCGCCGUCCGCUGGAUUUGGUGCUCCCGGCCUGCCCUUUCGAGGACUCGACUUUAUCCGCAACUAUAACCCCAGCGGAUACUCUGUAGGCCUCGAUCAGGAGUGGAACACCUUUGACCCCAGUACGUUUGGAUUCGAUCCUGAGAUUCCGUUCACUCUUGGGGACGCGGUGUUAGACGGACAGCAAUGGAAGAACGGACAGUAA